AGCUGUUCAGACGUCAGAGCGGAAUAACAUAUCGCGGGCUUUCAACUCGGCCGUUCUGUGGCAAACUGUUCAAACUUUGCCGACGACGCAGUUUAUUUGCUGUUUCUGAAGAGCAACAAAUACAAAAGUCCCCCACGCAAGAAGUGUUAAACAAAAAUCCACAACUGCAACGCUAAGUGAGCAAAGUGUCUUCCAGCGUGACCAUGGCAUUACUGGGCCAAAUGUGUUAAAAUUGUGAAUAUUUAGGAGAAUAAAACUGGUAAAAAAUAUAACCGCAAAGCAAACAAACAAAUCGUCCAGAUGGCAAAGCUCCUGAGGAGAGUUCUGCUGCCCCUGUUUCUCUUCGUUUGGAUCUCGUGGAGCGAUGCACUACCCAUCGACGACGACAGUACCGAUAACUGCGGCGGCGAGAAUGGAGCUCCCCUGAUGACGCCCUGCAAGAAUUACAUGGUUCUGGACUCCCAGGAAAUCACCACGUUGAAGUGCGAGGCCAACGAGACGAUUAGCUGGUGGAGCAGCUCAUCUAACUACCAAAUGCAGGAAUUUAAGGGGGAUUCGUUUGAUAAUGCCGAGCAGGAUCCGUCACGACCAUUUGGGUCCAGCCUUACACUUUUAGAUGUGUCGGCCGAAGACGUGGGUGCCUAUUAUUGCGUGAAAGACGCGGAGCUUAACAAGAUCGCCGAAAAGUCGGACGAGGCGAUGGUCGAGCUGGUCAACCAGGGCCAUGCCAGCUCCAUGUACGUGUAUGUGGACGACCAAGCCAAUAAGUUGGCAUCCACCACCAGCGUGGUGAAAGCCUUGCAAUACACCGACGUGGUCAUACCCUGUAAACCAGCGAUGCCCGACACUGAAGUGUGGCUAGAAACCAAUACUGGAGAUAAAUAUUCCAGCAAAUCUGUCGGUCGGUACAAUCCGAAACGGGGAUUCACCAUCGAAAUCCGCAGCAUCACGGAUGGCGGCGACUACUAUUGUCGUCCAAUCUCACCCUUCCCGCACAACGAAGAGGAGUAUACCAGCAUAGAAGUGCUCUUUAUUGAAACCGGAUCGGAAAGUCCCAGUACCAGCCCACCGACAUCGGGGGCCUUGACUAACAUGGGGUAUGCGUAUGCACCAGAUGGCACCGAUGGCGAUGUUACUAACCAAUCGACGGGUAAAGUGGCACUAACCAAUGGUGAUGGUGAUGGAGCUCUAUCCCGGGAUCGGGCAAGGCGAAGUCCAGUCCGCCUGGCACCGAUGAGAUCGUCGCCCUCACCCAGACCGGGGCAAAGCGGCAAACCCCUGCCAAAGCCCGUGAUUAAGACCACUGUGGAUCAUCAUGUCAUCACUGACUCCAAUUUUACUCUGGUUUGCGAACAGUCCGCCUUCGUUGAUUCCCUGUACGAAAUUGAGUGGCAGACUCCGGCUCACGAUGAGAGCCGCUUUAGAUUUAGCGCCGCAGAAACCGAUCCCAAGACAAGGAACAGCACUCACCAGAUGGGUAGGAGAACUCUGACGGUAUUCAAUGCCCAGCGUUCAGAUUCCGGUACAUACAAGUGUAUAACAAUAGAUAAAACCCAGGAUAUAACACAAUUUGUCAGCUAUAUGAUUAAGGUUAUCGGACCAAACGAAAGCUACCUGAAUGUGUUCGAGCCCUCGGGACAUUACAAUGUCCAAGAAUUGGCUAAUCGUACCAUCCAGAUGAGGGCCAACUUCGAGGGAUAUCCCACUCCUACCUUUAGCUGGUUUAAGCCCGACGGUUCGGAGGUGCGACAGUCGGAGCAUAAUUUUAAGAUUAUUUCCGAGGAGUUGGGUACAAUGCUUCAGGUGCUGAAUGCCCAGUUGCAGGACAGUGGCACCUACAUCCUUAAAGGAACCAACUCCAAGGGGAGCGUGCAUAAGGAGUACAAAGUGAGUGUGAUGGAUGGUCCAAACUUGGGCAUGUCGGACGUCUACGUCCAGGCGGGAUCCGUGGCGCACAUGGAGUGCAACGUUCGUGCCUAUCCGCCGGCGAUAGUCACCUUCUUAUUCCGACCCUGCAAACUUGAACCCAGUUGGCCCACCUGUGAAGCGCACUAUCAGAACUUCAGCAUACCAAGUGUACGGGAGAAAUAUGAGUUCCAGUCCAAGCCGAGACCCGGAAAACUGAGUGUGGAAACUAUAUACACAGUGUCCUUCCUGCCCACCGAGCCAGGAAUUAUCACUUGCAUCGCCGAAAAUCUGGUGAAUGGACAGGCUAGAAGGAACACUCAGAAGGCUCACGUGCUGCUGGGCGAUAUAUCCGAGAACAUGACGAUACAUGGCUUCGAUAAGAAUCACAAGAUCGCCAAGGGAGAAGAUGUGAGCUUCACCUGCGAAGCGCUGGCCUAUCACUUCGACGGCAAUCUUGUGUGGCUCUUUAAUGCCAAUGAUUUGACGGAGUCCGAACUUCUUCGAAUCGAGACAAGUCGCACCAAGUACUCCUACAAGAGCACUAUACAUAUAUCUUCGAUAGCCGACAGCGAUCAAGGAACCUACGAGUGCAGGGCCUAUGACAACAGGAAUAUCUCCAUGUACAGCAGUCGCGAGAUAUCCUUGAGCGUCAACGAUCCUUUCGCUCCUGUGUGGGUGAAUAACAGCUUGAGUACCCACUCGAAAAUAAAGCGAAAAUUGAGCGAAGGAGUGGAUUUGGAUUGCGACUCGAAAGCCAUUCCCUUGGCCACGGUGCGUUGGUACAAGGACGAUAAGGAUCUGGACGCAGAGAUCUUGAAAUACGAAUACGUCACAGAAAGUAAUUCCACGCUGCGAAUUACGAACAUCAAUCCAUUGGCCGAAGGCGUCUACAGGUGUGUGGUGGAGAACCGGUUGAACAGAAUCGAGAGGACCUUCACGGUGGUCAUUACGGAUCUACCCGGCAUCAGCAUGGCCUGGGUGUGGUUCGGUGUGAUCCUCUUCCUCAUCCUGAUCAGCCUGUGUCUCUUCCUGGCCGUUCGCUACCAGAAGGAGCACAAGAGGCACAAGGAGCUGAAGGCAGCUGGUUUGGCCAACUUCGAGGAGGGAGCCGUGGGACACAUUAAUCCCGACCUGACCCUGGACGAGCAGGCGGAGCUCUUGCCCUACAAUCGGGAAUUCGAGUUCCCGCGGGACAACCUGAAGCUGGGCAAGCAGCUGGGAGCCGGAGCCUUUGGCGUGGUGCUCAAGGGAGAGGCCAGGGGAAUCCGAAAGGAGGAGCCCGUCACCACGGUGGCGGUCAAAAUGGUCAAGCGAACGGCAGACAACGAGGUGGUGAGGGCACUGGUCUCCGAGCUCAAGAUUAUGGUCCAUCUGGGCCAGCACUUAAAUGUGGUCAAUCUCCUGGGAGCCGUUACCAAAAAUAUUGCGAAACGCGAACUUAUGGUCAUUGUUGAGUACUGUCGCUUUGGCAAUAUUCAGAACUUCCUUCUGAGGAACAGAAAGUGCUUUAUCAACCAAAUCAGCCCGGAUACCGAUCACAUAGAUCCCAGCAUCAUGACUCAGCGCAUUUCGGACAACUUCGACCUGCACCGCGAUGCGAACGGUGGUGGCCUGAAGUACGCCAAUAUCGGUUUCCCGAUCCACUCGUACGUCAAUGAACCGCACAACAAUAACACGCAACCGCCACCUCACCGCAGGAACUCGGACAAUGAUCCCCGAUCGGGCACCCGAGCCGGACGCCCCGGAUCCGGAUCCGCCACCUACAGCUACGACCGACAGAUGGACACCUGUGCCACCGUGAUGACCACAGUGCCGGAAGAUGAUCAAAUAAUGUCCAAUAACUCCAUACAACCCGCCUGGCGUUCCAAUUACAAGACAGACUCCACGGAGGCGAUGACAGUGACCACCGUUGACUUGAUCAGUUGGGCAUUCCAAGUGGCCCGUGGCAUGGAUUACCUGUCCUCGAAGAAGGUGUUGCACGGCGAUCUGGCCGCCAGAAAUAUUCUCCUCUGCGAGAACAAUGUCGUGAAGAUUUGCGACUUUGGUCUGGCCAGAUCCAUGUAUCGAACGGAUAACUACAAAAAGUCAGAGAGUAGCAAACUGCCCAUUAAGUGGCUGGCGCUGGAGUCGCUGAGUGAUCAUGUCUUCAGCACCUACAGCGACGUUUGGUCCUACGGAAUUGUCCUCUGGGAGAUGUUCUCGCUGGCAAAGGUUCCUUAUCCGGGCAUAGAACCCAACGACCUGUUCAACAAACUGAACGAUGGCUACCGCAUGGAGAAGCCUCCGUACGCGAAUCAGGAGCUCUACGAGAUUAUGCUGGAGUGCUGGCGGAAGAAUCCUGAGAGCAGACCUUUGUUCGCUGAGCUGGAGAAGCGUUUUGGCAAUAUGCUGGGCGAAGAUGUAGCCAAUCACUACCUAGACCUGAACAACCCGUACAUGCAGAGCAACAUGGAGUACAUGAAGACGCAGUCUACGGAUUACCUGGCUCUCAUGGGAUCCCCCGACGAAGUGGCGCCCGCUGCUCCGCGCUACGUGAAUAACCUCAUAGUGCCCAAGAUCCACAUCGAAAUGCCGGAUGACUACAUGCCGAUGAACAUGGACACCGAACCCGAUGCCAGCACAGCCAUAUUCUCACCCACGCGCCUCGAAAACGGGGCAUCCGACUUUCCGGACUUCUCAAGCGAAACCACUUUCAAUUUCCCAGGCGAGCGGCAGUCGCCGACGUUGAGCAAUAAUCUGAACAACGGAUCGAGUAAGCCGCUCCGCAGGAAGAACGGCCUGCCGACGGUGGAUGCGGCGGACCAGGCUCCGGAGGAGAUACCCAUGCUGCAUCGCCGCUCCACGGGAUCGGAUGACAGCCAUCCGGAGAGUCCGGAGCAGGGCAGGCGCUUCAAUCAGGCCCUCAAGCAGCAGUACGUCACUCCGACGCCUUCGCCCCGCCAUCAUGUGGAGACAAAACUCAACGGGGAGUCCGUUGAGAACUACGUGAAUGUGAAGCCACCCAGGAAGAAUAUACCCGGCAAGACCACAACUGGAGGUGGGGGUGGUGGUGGAGCACCUGGAGCCCCCACGGAAGCCUUCUCGAAUCCCAGCUACCAGCCACUGUCCACCGUCAACGAGAAGGAGCAGCGAAGGUAUUAGCAAGUCCCGGAGCCAUUAGUUUUAGUUUAGGACCUCUACACAGCUCAGUUGGAGUUUUAAGUGGAACUUAAAGUAGGCAAUUUUAAACUAUAUCAAUGAUGAAAGAAACUGUCAGCCAUUAGGAAAACCAAUUGAUUAAAACAUAAUUCAGCACGUAAUAAUCUUAGUAACUAGUUAAAAUUUCAACUCAACUGCUUAGGGGCCUUUAAAGGAACAAUACUACCAAGUGGCAUUGUCAAGAUUCUGAUAUAGACCUAAGACCACCCACACUCACUCCAUGUUAUAUACUAUUAAUGCCAUUUCAUGUUUUAAUUUAGUCUAGACCUAAGCCUAAGCUGAUCUAUGUAACUGAAUGUCUUGUAAUUUGUAUGCAUGUACCUUCGACUACUCAAAUACAAUGGGUAUAACAAGUAUAGAAA